AUGGCGAGUAAGAAGCUGAAGCCAUGGCAGGCGAGCAUCGCGGGCCGCAGCUGCGGGCAGUGCCAGGUGCAGAUCACGCGGGAGGAGUUUCGGUGGCGCUGCCCCAACCACUGCCCCUGGGAUAUGUGUGGUCAUUGCUACGACAACCACUGGGGUCGAGUGAUUCAGGAGGCCGCGGCGGACCCGCGGCGCCAGCGCCGCCUGGCGCUGCUGUCCGCAGUGCCCUUGGAGCGGCGCCAAGCCAAGGACUUUGCCGCGGCCUUCGGGGACAACCCCGACGACGCGCGGCUCUUGCUGCCGCCGAAGAAGAUGCUCUCUGGGGAGACGGCCGGAGAGGCCAUUGCCCCUUCCAAGAGUAUCGAGUCUGAGUUGCUCACCGGCGAGAGCCUCCAGCUCAUGUGCCCUUCAGGCCACGUCAUCCAGAAGAAGAAGAAGCUGAAGCCAUGGCAGACGGGCAGUCACAACUGUCAGGAGUGCCAGGAGCACAUCGCCAGGGAGGAGUUCCGAUGGCGCUGCGAGCACCACUGCGACUGCGACGUCUGCGAGCCCUGUUAUGACCAGCACUGGUCGGAGCUGUUGGCCAUGGUCCACAAGACCCGGGACGAGCAGAAGAGUUGGCAGCUCCUCUCCGCGGUGCCUUUGCAUCUGCGGGACUCCCGAGAAUUCCUGGCGGCCCAGAGCCGCAUCAACAAGCGCGCCAAGAAGGAGGAGACCGCCGAGAAGACGGAGACACAAGUCAACGUCUUGGAGCAGAAGGCGGCGCUCUCGGCGUAUGGCACCGAAGUCGGGCCCAAGGACGUGAAAGGUCGGAUCCAGGGCGCAUUUCUGCAGAUGGACGCGACGGUGGCUGCGUGGCCCAAGGCCCAGAUCUGCUGCUGGGCGCUGCUGGCGGCGCUGGCGGAGCACUUGGUCCUGUCGCGAGCACGGGACCUGCAGGGCACUGACACCUCGCCGGGCCAGCUGCCAGACGCCCUGCUGGUGGCGGCCUUGGGCAUGGCGCUGGCCGCGGGCCUGCUGCAGGCGCUGCUGCUGCUGCUGCGCUUCCUGCGGCGCAAAUUCGGGGAGCUGCCGCCGGUGCCGGCGCCGCCCCCGGCCCUUUGGGCGGCCUUCCAACACCUCCGCGGCCGCCGCGGGCGGCGGGAGGCGCCGCUGGCGCCGCCACCGCCCAGGCCGCCUCCGCUGCAGCCGCAGAGUCUGCACGUCUACCUGUUGCUGGGCGUGAUGCUCGGCCUGGAGCUGGGCCUCGUGGCCUUUCUGUGGCAGCACCAGGUGUGCAGCGCCGGGCUGCACCCAGUGGCGCUGCUGGCCGUGGGCCUGUUUGAGGGCAGCGAGACGGUGCACGAUCGGCGGCUGCUCCUGUCUGUGGCUUUGGCCUCCCUCAGUGGCUUCUUGCUGCUUCCGGCGGACGGGGAUGACUGGCACGGCGUGCUGCUGAUCAGCUCUCAGUGCCUGUCGGUGGGGCGCUGGGUCUUCCUGUGCCACGUCCUGCCCUUCGAGGCGUCGCCGGCGGAGCUCUUCGGGGCCUCCGCGGUGCUGGGCGCCAACUUGUCGGUGGCCGCCACCAGCGCGCUGCUGGAGCUCACCGCGGUGCUGGACUUCCCCGGCUUUUGGCACCUGAUACACAUCACGGAGCCUGGCAUGGUCUUGUGGAACAUCGUGGUGAUUGGGUUGUGCUAUGCCGUGAGGCUUUUGUCGUACCUGAACCUCGCACGAGUCGCCUCCUUUCCCCUCAUGGGCUUGGUCCCAGUCGUCUCGGGCGCCAUUGGGGUGUUGCCCACCAGAGACUUUUCGGG